AUGUCAGGAAGAGAAAUUGAAGAUCUUCAAAGGCAGCUCAAGGAAGCUAGAUCUCUGCAGCGAGAAGCAAAGGCGCGUGAGGAAGAAGCAAAGGCGCGUGAGGAGAACGAACGACGCGAAAAGGAGAAAGAGAAACUCAAAAACCAAAAGACGACUUUGACAGAGUACUUGCAUAACUGUCACUUCGACAUUUACCAAAAACUCAGGCUCGCUGGCGCUUCGGAGAGCUCUACUGGCCUCGCAACCUCGGUCGACGGCAACUACUAUCCCAAGUGGCUUCGCCCUUGGACAGACUUUAGUGCCUAUCAUCGACAGGAACACUUCAACGAUAUUAUCCGCGUCUGCGGUGAGGGUCGAGUUUUCCAUCAGAAGAGCACAACAGUUGACAUCGGGAUGAGCUUCGAGCGUAAAGAAGCCGGUUACGAAAAUGCGAUCGACCACUUCGAGAAAACAGCAGUCGAGGACCCUACCUGGAACAUUCUAGAACCCAUCUGGGCGGACGAAGAGCUUUGCCAGAGGUAUCAAGCUACGGGUAUAACGUUCGUGAAUGGUAUUCGUGCCUUCAAUGAAGUUAGCGAAGACAUUGGAGCUGAUGUCAAACGUGAGAGGGGGAAACAAAGGCCUGAUGGCGCCUGCACCCGAGUAGGCUUAGACGGGACCAAGAGCGUAGCUUUUGUGUAUGAUUAUAAGGCUGCGCACAAGUUUUCCGUGGAACAUGUCGAAGCUGCGCUUUCCCAGGAAACGCUAUUCACAGAUGUCCACGAGUGGUUCCAAAUUAACAAGUACGCAACAGACUCGGCGAUUCGAGGUGAAGAGCGAGAAAAAGCGAGGAUUGCCAUGGCACUCAUACAAGUCUUCAACUACAUGCGCUCGUAUGGGGUCCCGUAUGGCCAAGUCACCGCUGGGAAAUCAUCGGUCUUUCUUCACUACGAUCGAGCAGAGCCACUUGUUCUACGUCAACACCUUUGCGUGCCAGCCAAGGAGGUGACUCAAGAAACGACCGAGAUUUCGACCAGUCGAGUGUCCCAUACGCUGGUCGCCCAACUAGCCAGCUUUUGCCUCCUGAGCCUCAGCCAGCAGGCGCUCACAGGCCGUCGGCUUGAGGCGGCAUUGGAUCAAACGGCGCGUCACCUGAAAAAAUGGAAAAAAACCGAUUACAAGGAUCCAGCGACGUCGCCGAAGUCAGAUGACAAAGAUUCCCCGUCAGCUUCGCCCCCACAGGACCCUGAUGAAUCCUUUGAUUGUGACGAGUCUCCGGCAAAGAGCAGCUAUACACUGCGACCGCGACCAUGCAAGGAUGCUGCGAUACUUCCCAAACGCCGGGAGGAUGACGAGCACGGUUCGGCCGAGGGCUCUAGAUCACGUACCACAGCAAGAGCCAGCAAUCGAAGUCAAGAUUCCGUCGGCAAGGGCAAGAAGGACGACCGCAAAGGCUCAGCAUCAGCACCUAUGAGGCAAUACUGCACACAAGCCUGUCUUCUUGGCCUCAAGUCUGGCCACCAGCUGGACAAGAAUUGUCCUAAUGUGCGCUCCCACAAUGUUAAAGGCGGUACCAAGCACCUGAUCAACGUCACGAGCUUGAUCCAUUGUAUGGCUGGGCAGCUGCGUCGGGAUCCGUAUGAAUGCUGUCAAGCGCUCGAUAGCUCGGGCAAGCCAUUUGUCGUGACUUGCUGUGCUUUCGCUCCUCCGCUUCAUCUGCAUUUUCCAAAUACUCUAAGAACGCCGACUAUAUGUCCCGCGGGCCCGAUCGUCGCGCGACGGCGUGGAGUAAUACGACUCGCAAAAUGGCUCGUACCGCGCUUCGAGCUCCUCGCGCUCGAGAUGAUGCGCCUUUUCAUGGGUCCUGGGCGCCUUACAGUUCUUGACCUUAACAGACAUAUAGCUCAUGGCGAUGACGACCAGCUCGUCGAGACUGGCCCUGCCCCAAGCGUCACAAUCCAGUUCCUAGGGUUUGUUCCAAUUUUAAUACCACGCAGUUCAAAAAGGCUAUUCCCAAGCAUGGCCAUCACCGACGGGGCAGGCCAGUCAAGUGUAACGCCUCGUCCAUACGAGCGCCCAACAAAAGCCCGCCUACUCGUAGACUGCUACGACAGCGAUGGUAGCGACUGCAACGAUGGCAGUGACAGCGGCAUCGACACCAAUGGCCGACAGAACGAUAACGCAAACCCGAGGCCAGGUCGGUCUCAUGAAGGUGAAACCACCGGCAACGUAGAGCACUCAUCUGAGGGUUGCGUCUCGCCAGAGCUGGAAGACUCCAAUGGGAGCGAGGGGCCCGCUUGGCAAGCCGGCAGGACACACAUAGUGUCAAAUGGUGGCCACUCUGACAAUGACAGCAUCGCAAACUCAGGUAUACCCGCUCAGAUGAAGGCAUCCAAUGAGCGGGAUCACACAGCACUUGCUGGCAGUGCAUGCAGCAACAACUACCCAGGCCAAUCCAUUGCCAGUCUGCUUGUCGACCUGCAGUGCAUCAGAGAAUACCGAACGUCCGCAUCUGACAAAUGCGACACGCCAUAUUUCGAGCUUGAGUGCCUUGGGCAGGACGGCCAAUGGUAUUGGAUUGCCGAGUCUGAUGUCCAAAGGUCUGUUCCGUCUGCGGUCGGCACGUUCUGGGGCUGCGGGCCGGAGGACUGGAUAGCCCCAGAAACUAAAGGAGGAGAAACGGGACGGGAAGUCUGGAAGCGACCGCUGGCGACGGAUGGCGAUGGUGUUCCGGAUGCACUCUUGAUCAUGGGCCGCAAGGCCUCUCGAGGCGGCCAAAUCGAGUAUCUCAUGCAAAAGGUGGGAUAUCCUGCAAGCCAGCCGACAUGGCACGAUGAGGAAACUGUGAAAAAAAGGUGCACUCAUGAGUAUGAGAGAUACCGGUUGAAUCACACCCACUACCCCGAGCUGAUGGACGGACAAGAGCCUCAGCUUUCCGCGAUUGUCGGCCAUCGCCUGAACGGCGAGAGAGGCUCCCAAAAACGAGUCCAGCUCUCGUGCCAGUGGACAAAUGAAACCGAAACUUGGGAAGCCGAAGACGAGGUGCAGAAGAAAUACAACGCAGCUGUUCUGACGUAUUGGCAAAGCGAUUUAAAGGCUCGUCACUCCUGCAAGGUACCAAACCGGCGCCUGCGAAUUCUAGGGCAUGUAGAAUCCCGGACUAAGCUGCUCUUGAAAGUCCAGAUGGUGGAAAUAACGGAGAAGUAUUUGGAGGACCAGGGUCUGGCGGUCUACAACAAAUCCAGAGUCAAACGGCGGUCAGAAAGACUACAAUAUCGCAAAGAUUAA